AUGGCGUCUGUGGGGCUGACGUGCAGACUUCUGCCUCUGUUUGUAGCCUUUUGGUUAAUAAUUGACACAGAGACACUUGAGGACUUCACUGGAAAUAACGUCAUGGGUCAGAAAGAAGUGAUGACACAAGGAGCAUCUGGUCCUAUGUGCAAGAGGUACAUAUGUGUCCAUCCAGCCACUUGUGUCAACGACACAUGCGUCUGUCCACCUGGCCUGAAAGGAGACGGCCGAAUUGGAUGUUUCAGUAACGACUCAUUUAUAGCGCAGGUAGUAGGAGACCCGGUGAUGACAACAUAUGACGGUGAGCGUGCCCAUCUUCCGUUUCCCUGCAGGUUCAAACUCACACAUGUCAUCACCCCUCACUACAUGGCCUCGUCUGGUGGCACGUGCGAGAUUCAGGUGUUUGGACUCAACUACUUCACCCAAGGCGGCUACUACGUCAUGGGCUUCGACUGUCUCAUCAAGAUCACGGACAACGAUCGACCUGAGGCAGUGGGCAGGCUCAGUCUCAGGAAGUUUGGAGUGGAGAUUAAUGGCGAAUGGAGAUACCUGGUUCAGGGGAAGGAUAACACAGAGACCCUUACUCCCUGGGGAGCGCCAUCAGUGCUCAGUUUCUUAGACACACGUAUCAACAGCACGUUUGACGAAGAGCACAACUUUGGUAAAGUGGAUGCUGAAGAGUGCGGAUUUCAGCUGCGGUUCCGGGCCUUUGUUCGCCGAUCUCACCAGCUUCCUGGCAUUGUAGUUAGUGUGAAAAAUAGACCAGGCCUAAUAUUUGUCAACGAAAACAAUACGCUCUGUUCUAGUCCUUUUCACGUCACCGGGCCAUUCCUUAGUAACCUGAAACGGAAACUGAAUUUGACAAAGGUGGAAACCCUGCUCUACAUUGCGCUGAAGCAGAAUACAAGACAGGAUUUUGGAUUUGGAGCUGUACCCUGCAGCGUUGCUGGUAAAGAGUUCCUGAGAGUAUGCGACACAACUCGUGAGAAGGCCUUCGCCCUCAAGAUGUGCUCGUUCCUCUACGUGAACAAGAAAACCGCCCAAUGUCUGCUUUCUGACGAGUUUGGAGAAUCCACAGGUUCCACAUUCGGAAUGUGUGUACAAGCCAUGUGCUCAGAACAUGCCGGCCUGUGUAGUGACGUCAGAGAUGAACUUCAGAUAUAUGGCUGCCCCAUUCCAGAACCAUUUGCAAAUCUAAACUGUUCUUUGAUAGGAAUCACCAAGUUUUAUUACUACCCAAAUGAAAUUGAUUAA